AUGGAAAAUCGCCAAACGAACGAUGACUGGAGCCUUGCAAUUUUUAGCCUUCCUGUCUUAUACGGUUGGGAUCGCGGCGGGACCGUCGAAGAUCGUCAACGGCGACGAACUCAAACCCGGCAAGGCUCCAUAUAUCGUGGCUCUUACCAGAACCAGCGAAUCGAUGUCAAAACCAUUGAGCGAUAUGCGCCAGAAGACAGCGAUGCGGAGGGCCAUGAUGUUGCACUACUGAAGUUGAGCCAGAAACUCAAACUGCUGCCCGGAGCCGUCGAAAAGAUCCGGAUCGGCGCCAAGAAAGGAUCAGAUGACCCGGACGACGUCUUCAUCAUGGGAUGGGGUGUGACGCUGGCUAAUGUAGACAACGAGCACUGCACAUCGUUGGAAGAACGCGGCAUCCACUAUCUUUGCUUUGAGGCUGUGGAUGGUAUCUCGAAUGCAUGUAAGGGAGACUCCGGCAGUCCGAUCGUAUCGCGACGUACUUGCUGCAAGGAAAUGGUGCAAAUCACUGAAGCGGCUACACGAUUUUUAACGUAUAAAAGCCAACAAUGGAUAAAUCGGACCGUACUCCCGGAUCAGAACAUCGAGACUGGGAUUUUUGUAUUGACGACGAGGAAGGCGAUAAUUAGAGAAUUCGAGGCACCGAGCUUCUACACCGAAUCCACUGACAAUGGAAUCAUAUUAAAACUAGACAAAUUCAUCGUCGAUAUUCAUGCAGAUAUGGAGUUUUCGUUCAAGAAUUUAUUUUUCGGCCUUCCGAUCUGGCCACUAUCAAAAUUCAACAUUGGGCCGAAGAUUUGGUUCCCCUCAAAAAUCCCAUUUUUCCUCGACAUUUUUGGAGGUGUGAUAAAUCGCGUGGUACAGAAUUUGCUCAGAACAGAGAUCUGUAACUCCUUGGAAAACGUGGUGAAGCCCAGUAUCUUUGGCGAGCACUCAUUUCCGGUGGAAACGCAAUACGGAGAUCGGCGUGAGUAUCUCGUACAAACGCCACUAUUCAACGUGCUCCAUACCGAAAGGUUUUCUGAAGCCCAAUUCGCUUUUAACCUCCAAUUUUUGAGGGAGAAAUGUCCCUAUGAGGCACCAAAGUAUCCGAGAAGUAUGGAUACCACCUCCCAUAUAAAUUUUUGGCUAUCGGAGCAGAGCCUGAACUGUGACUUGUACGCCUUGUACCGUGGAAAUUUCUUGACGUAUUUGGUCACGAAGGAUCGGGUUCGGCUGGAGCUGUCGGAAUAUUUGAGGACCACAUGCUACUCCUACUCCAACUACAUCUGCAUGCAAACGUUUUGGCCAGACCUGGCUAGGAUGUACCCAAAUCAAUACCUUGACAUCUACGUUCAAGCCAGGGAGACGCCGAAGGUAGUACUAGCUGACAACAUUGCGCAUAUGACAGGCGAACUACAGCUCGAUUUCCAUACCCAUCCAAAGUCUAAUGGAUCCCUGGCGACUCUAAUGCUGACUUUCUCUUGCGAUCUAAGUGGUCGUUUGAAUAGAACGGUCCUAUUGGGAGGGAUCUCCAAUAUUCAAGCUGAUAUUCGGCAGACGCACUCGGUGAUUGGAUAUUUGUACCCGGAGAGGCUUCAAACCUUCAAAAACACGCUGAUCAGUGCGGUCGAGCGAGAGCUGAACCGCAUUUUUUCCUAUGUAGUGACGCAGCACCUACUUUACAACGAAGGUUUUGCAGACACGACAGCUAUCUCAGCAGCGGACGGUUACCUUCGACUCGAUCUGAACUUUGUACAUGGUAAAUUUUGG